CAUUAUUUUGGGAUAGGCGGCGGCGGCGGCGGCGGCGGCGGCGGCGGCUGCGGCGGGUCGGGGUGAGAGGCUGAGGGGAUCUGGCGGCGGAGCACUAGGAUCAGACGCCCCCGCGAUGACCAGCUCCCCCGUCUCCAGAGUCGUGUACAACGGCAAGAGGACCAGCAGCCCCCGCUCCCCGCCCAGCAGCAGCGAGAUCUUCACCCCUGCCCACGAGGAGAACGUGCGCUUCAUUUACGAAGCCUGGCAGGGUGUGGAGCGAGACCUGCGCAGCCAGGUGCCAGGUGGUGAGCGGGGCCUGGUGGAGGAGUACGUGGAGAAGGUCCCUAACCCCAGCCUGAAGACCUUCAAGCCCAUUGACCUGAGCGAUCUGAAGCGCCGGAGCACUCAGGAUGCCAAGAAGUCCUAGAGAACCCGGUGCCCCUCCACGGCCUCUGGAAGAUCAGGGUGCCAGGAUCAGGAGGGGAGAAGAAUGAGCCUCUGUUGCCCCCCAGGCUGCUGAGACUGGGCUAGUUUUGUCUUUGAAGUGGCCAGUACACAGGACAAGGGCAGCCCCACCUCAUCCAACUUGGGUCCCCCGAAGACCCUUGCUGCUCCUGUGGCCUGGACAUGCUGGGGAGUUUCUCACCCCCACCCCCAUCAUCUAGCCUGGCCCCUUCCCUGACUUAGCACCAGCUCCCUGGGCCUAGGAUACUGCCCGGCCCCCAAAGGGGUCCCCAGCAAUCAGGCCUGGCCUCCUGGUGUCUGCAGCCACAGUGUCCCCGUGGGCAUGUGCACCCAGGCUGACCCUGAGGUGCUGCUACUGGGUCUAUCCUGGCUCGGGGGUGUGCUGGGAGGGUCACCAGGGCCCCUUUUUCUUCCUGUGCCCUCUGAAAGCCAAGUGUCUGUGUGGCUGUGGAGUGUGAGGGUCUGUGAAUAAAGGCAGUGGAACUGGGAAAAAAAAAAAAAAA